UGCCCAGAAGCCAUCCAACAGAACCACUUGUCCAUGGUCGAGGUGAAAAGAACGUGACAAAAACCCCUCUCGGGCGAGCCUGCCUCAACGGCUCUGCCUCAACGUACCUGAAAGCACCAUGCGGCGCACUGACCCUUUCCGCCACCACAAGGUCUCGAUGAUUCCUGUGAUCAUGCGAAACGACCCCUCCCUGGCGGCACGUCCGAGGCUACGGCGGGAGAUGGAGGAUUGGUCGGGAGAGUUCUUUGGGACGGACUUCACCCGGAGCUCCAGUAUGCGCAGUGUGUUGAGUGCUUUGGCUCGCUCCUCCAGCCGCAGCGAGCGGCUGGCGCUGGCGGUGAGCCAGGAUGAUUUUCGGGAGACACAGAGGCUGCUGAGCGAGGCCGAGGUGACGCCCGCUCUCCACCUCGCCCUGAAGCUCGGAGCAGCGCCCGAGACCGUUGACCUGCUGGCCAACUGCUGCGAGCAUCUGAAUGUUUGGCUGCCAGAGCCGGUGGUGGUGACCUGGGCGCGUGCCAGCUGCCGUGCGGCCUUGGAGGAUCGGUUGAAGGGCGCAGCAGGGCGACUGGACGCGCUUCUGUGGGCAGGAGCCGAUGUGAACGCCGUGGGCCGCGGCUGUGAAACCGCGCUGCACAUCGUGGCGCGAAUGCUCCAAGUGCUGCUAGCGGAGGAGCGCGGUGGAGAGCUUCAGCUGGCGUCGGAGUUGCGGACCCUUUGGCACGACCUGGUGGCCCGAGGCGCAGAUGCCAGCAUGGUGGACGGGGAGGGCUUCUCAGCGAUCCAGAGGCUGUCCGAGUGGGAGUGCAACCAACUGUUGGCCUCUAAGCGACAGAGCUACGGGAUGCGGCGCUACCGGGUCACCAGGCUGUCGGGUGGAGAUCCCUCAGACGCCUGGUCUCCUUCCAGGCUUGGUGGCUCUAGGCCCCCAAUCUGAGAGUGGCCAGCGUUGGCACCCCUAAGACGGGGGUCCAAAACUGGAUGUGUUAGCCGCGAAUGUCCGGAGCAUUGACAUUCCUAGACACUUC